AGAAACGGAGAAGAAUGGUACCGACUCCGAAGUGCGAUUCAGCAGAUGAUGAUGAGACCGAAGGAGGUCCGUCAUUUUUUGCCGUUGGUUGCUGGAGUUGUUGAUGAUUUUGUUGACCGGCUUGGGUCGAAAAUUGACCCAGUGACGCAACAAGUUUCACUACUGAGAGACGAGAUCGCCAAAUGGAGCCUUGAAUCUUCAGCGAUGGUGUGUUUCGAAAAACGUUUAGGCUGUUUUGAUGGCGGAAGUGGAGAAACAUGGGCUGGGAAAAUGGUCGAGGCGAACAAACAAAUAUUUCUCUUGUCUGGUUUAUUGAAAUUCAGUCUUCCACUGUACAAACAUUUUGGCACGCCCAAGUGGAAAGAAAUCGUCCGCCACGAAGACUUCUUUUACGCAGAAGCUAUGCGUCUCGUCAGAGAAACGAUAUCAAAAAUACGGGACGCAGUUGACAAGGAAUCUCUGGAAGAAGGUCAGUACUCAUUCAUGACCUACCUUCUGUCACGCGGCGAGCUGCAAGAAAAAGACGUGUUCAUCCUCACGCUGUCUUUGUUUGCGGAUGGAUUGAGUACGACGACCCCAGCUGCGCUUUACAAUCUUUAUUGCUUGGCUGCGAAUCCCGAAGCUCAAGAAAAACUGAAAUCUGAGAUACGUGAAAAAGUGAAAGGCGAAGUUACUUCGGAGACUGUCGAGAACUUGCCGUACCUGAAAGCAUGCGUGAAGGAAGCCUUUCGGUUGUACCCGGUUGGAACGGAAGUUUCGAGGGUUAUUCAACAGGACUUGGUUCUCUCUGGAUUCCAUGUUCCUGCCGGAACUCACGUGGACUUGAGCCCCAGUGUGCACUUUUUAUCGGAAGAGCACUUCGAAGACGCUGCGAAAUUUGUUCCUGAAAGAUGGCUGAGGGACAAAUCGUAUUCCACACCGAAAGCAAAUGCGCAUCCGUAUUUGUUGACUCCUUUCGGCUUUGGCACUAGAAUGUGCGCAGGAAGGCGAUUUGCGGAACAAGAUCUUUACCUUUUGCUCAUCAAGGUCUUGCAAAAGUACGACCUUUCUUAUCCAACUGACGAACCCGAAUUGGGUCAGAAGUACAUGACGUUGCUGUUCCCGGAUCGUCCGGUCCGGGUUCUCUUCUCGCGAAAGCAUUCGGAAACGAAUCCGAACGCCAUGUGGUUGAGUGGGCGAGGGAUGUGGUUCACUUACGUGUUCGGCGUUUUCGCGUUGCACAUUUUCCUGCUGUCCAUCCCGUUCCUCAGCAUUCCUUGGGCCUGGACUCUCACCAACAUCACGCACGACAUCGCGAUGUUCGUUUUCUUGCACACGGUUCGUGGAGUUCCUUGGAUGACGCUCACACAGGGAAAAGAAAGUUCUAUGACCCACUGGGACCAAAUCGAUUACGGAGAGCAGUUCACUGCUUCCAAGAAAUUCAUCACCGUUAUUCCAAUCGUAUUAUAUAUUUUGACAAGUUACUACACGAACUACGAUUCUUUCCACUGCUUUGUAAACUUCAUGGCGUUGUUGCUGGUUUUGGUUCCGAAGCUUCAGUCGUGGCAGCAAAAUCCGAAGCAGCUGUGAAAAGUUGUGGCUUUUGAGAAUCACGAGAGAAGGAGAAAAAGAAAACUGCGUACCGAAGAAAAUUUCCCCCUCUUCUCCUUUGUGGUGAUGGGGGAAAAUGGCGGAAAAUUAAGGAUACUGAAUUUUUUGGAAGGAAAGUUACUCUGUUGUGAUGAUCGCAAAACGUGGUCCUGUCCACAGGGUUUUGUUGCUUUUUAAAACAUUUUAAUUCGAAAUUUUUGUGUGAAUUUGAAAUUUCGUUUCUCUGUCUUGCACAGUUGAUCCUUUUCCCCGAACGGGAUUUUAACUUUUGAUUCUACGUUUUUCUCAGCUGGACAAAUACGGAGUGCAUGGAUCAAUUCUGUCAGUUUCUUCAAUAUUUGAGAGAUUUCUUAUAUUGUCUUUUGAUGGCGUUUUUCAAUGUCUUGCUUUGUGUAUUGUUGGAAAAUUUCAUACCUUCAAGUUUCGUUUAUUGCUGUGAUAACUGGUGAGCCUUGGAUGUGUAUAAAGUUGAAAUUGUUUAACAAAAAUACAA